AUGCUGCUUUUGGACCUAAGGAAAAAAAUAUUGGCGUUAGGGGAUAAUGCUACAUUGGAUAAUAUUAUAUUGGAAGCAAAUGCUUUAGAAACAGUAGGCCGUGAAAUGGAGGGGUUUUCCACUCCAAGUUGUUCCAGUAUGCAAAUUUCAAAUUCUGUAAAUAAGGUUUUCCAAGACACAUCUAAAUUUGACUGUUCUUGUUGUGGGAGAAAAGGACAUUUACCAAAGGAUAAAUCGUGUCCUGCUAGAAAUAAAGAUUGUUUAAAGUGUGGGCGGAAGGGACAUUUCCAAAUUUGCUGCAGAACUAAAGUGAAUCGUAAAAGAAAUGUUGGGUUUAAUCGAUACAAAAAUAAUAAAAAACCAAGAACAGAAGAAACUGAUUAUGUUUUCCAUAUUGAUGACGAUUGCUUGGUUCAAUGCAAAAUUGGAAAUGUACCUAUAGAAUUGUUAAUAGAUUCAGGAAGUAAGAGUAAUUUAAUUACUGGGGAUUCCUGGGAAUUUUUAAAAGAAAAUAAAGUUCACGUUUGGAACCAAAUAAAAAAUCCAGAAAAGUGCUUUGUAGCGUACGCAAGUAAUACGCCACUGACGGUAUUGGGAGCAUUCGAUGCGGAAAUAUCUAUUGGAGAUCAAACAAAACGUUCUACUUUUUAUGUGAUCAAAAACGGAUCAAAAAAUCUUUUAGGAAAAGAAACAGCAAUGGCGUUAGGUGUUUUGAAAAUCGGUCUUGAAAUAAAUUCUAUUGAAGUUUUUCCGAAAUUUAAGGACGUUUUGAUUGAUAUACCAAUAGAUAAAAAUAUUAAGCCAGUUUGCCAACCGUAUCGAAGGAUCCCGAUUCCUCUAGAGGCAAAAGUGGAAAAAAAGAUUAAUGAACUUAUCGAACUUGAUAUUAUUGAACCAGUCAACGGUCCGUCAAGGUGGGUUUCACCUAUGGUUCCCAUUUUAAAGCAAAACGGAGAUAUCAGGAUUUGUAUUGAUAUGCGCCGAGCUAAUACCGCUAUUAUUCGCGAAAACCAUCCAUUGCCUACAAUGAAUGGCCUACUUCCUCAUUUAAGAAAAGCUAAAUUGUUUUCUAGGCUUGAUAUAAAGAACGCAUUUCAUCAAGUCGAGAUAUCUCCGGAGUCGCGUGAAAUUACAACUUUUAUAACAAAUAAAGGUUUAUUUAGGUAUAAAAGAUUAUUGUUUGGAAUAUCUUGUGCACCAGAAUUAUUCCAAAAAAUAAUGGAACGCAUACUUAUGGGCCUUAAGGGAGUCAUAAGUUUUAUUGACGAUAUUGUCAUUUUUGGAUCUAAUGAAACAGAACAUGACAAUAAUUUGGAUGCAACAUUGAAAAGAUUAAAAGAAAAUUAUGUUCUUCUUAAUAGCGAUAAGUGUGCUUUUAAAAUAAAAGAAAUCACCUUUUUAGGUCAUGUUUUGUCUUCAAAAGGUGUAAGACCUUUAGAUAAUUAUAUAGAAAGUAUUCGGACUUUUAGGGCUCCUAAAACUAUCGAAGAGUUGCAAAGUUUUUUAGGUUUAAUCAAUUUUAUUGGAAAAUGGAUUCCGCACCUUGCCACUCUCACUGAACCUUUUAGAAAAUUAUUGAGAUUAAAAUUGAGUAAAACUGCUACUAUUGCAAAUUAUUGGACUUCGGCUCAAAAAAAAUGCUUUUUAAAAUUAAAAGAUCAAUUAUCCCUGAUAAGGUCAUUAGGUUAUUAUGAUUCAGAGGAGAGAACUCAAGUCUUUGCAGACGCUAGUCCGGUAGGUUUGGGGGCGGUUUUGGUUCAAAUUAAUCAAGAGGGUUCCAGAAUAAUAGCAUUUGGUAACAAAAGUCUCUCAGAUUGCGAAAAACGGUAUUGCCAAACCGAAAAAGAAGCUCUGGCAUUAGUGUGGGCGGUGGAACAUUUUAGGAUAUACCUUUUUGGUAAAACAUUUGAACUUGUAACCGACCACAAACCUCUGGAAGCAAUAUUUGGGCCAAAUUCUAAACCGUGUGCCAGAAUUGAACGAUGGGUGUUACGACUGCAGUCAUAUAAAUUUAAAGUAGUUUAUAAACCAGGCAAAAACAACAUUGCCGACCCGCUGUCAAGGCUAUGUAUUGUAAAUUCAGAAAAAACUAAUUUUGAUUCAGAUGAGUACGUACACAGCAUCGUUCAAUUCACGUGUCCGGUUGCGAUCUCUUUAAAUCAAAUAAAAGAAUGUUCCAAAAGCGACCAUGAAAUUAGUAAAGUAAAAAGAGGUUUGUACGAAAACGUUUGGGACGAUUGUGUAAAAAAAUUUCGUAUGUUUGAAAAUGAACUUUGUUUUUAUGACAAUAUUCUUUUAAGGGGUAAUAAAAUCGUAAUUCCUGUUCAGUUGCGUAAAGCGGUUUUGGAAGCGGCUCACGAAGGGCAUCCUGGUAUUGCUGCCAUGAAAGCGCGACUAAGGACCAAGGUUUGGUGGCCAAACAUUGAUACUGAAGCGGAAAAAAUAGUAAAAAAUUGUAAAGGGUGUACUUUAGUUUCAGCGCCAAAUCCACCUAAUCCAAUAAAAAGACGAGAAUUUCCCGCAGGACCUUGGAUUGACGUAGCAACAGAUUUUAUGGGCCCUUUGCCCAAUGGAUAUCAUUUGUUUGUUAUCGUCGACUAUUAUAGUCGGUACAAAGAAAUUAAAAUAAUGAAAACAAUUACUGCUGCGGAUACAAUCAGGGUUCUUCGGGAAGUGUUCUCUCGGUUGGGUAACCCUGUGUCCAUAACAGCGGAUAAUGGAAAACAGUUUUCCUGUAGUGAAAUGAGGUCUUUUUGUUCUGAAAGAGCUAUCAUAUUACACCACACAAUACCUUAUUGGCCUCAACAAAAUGGGGAGGUAGAAAGACAAAACAAAGACAUAUUAAAGAGGCUUAAAAUAAGCCAUUCUUUAAAAAAGGACUGGAUUACGGAAUUGCAAAAUUACCUUGUAAUGUAUAAUAGUACACCUCAUUCCACUACAGGAAAAACGCCAGCCGAAUUGUUUUUUAACAGACAAUUCAGGGAUAAAAUACCUAGUUUAAUAGGGCAAGAUUAUCGUGGUUUAGAUGGGGAGGUAAGAGAUAAAGAUCACAUGCAAAAAGAAAUUGGCAAAGAAUAUGCUAAUAAAAAAAGGAAAGCAAAAGAAAACGACUUGGAUAGAGGUGAUAAAGUUUACGUAAAAAAUCUAAUAAAACAUAACAAAUUAACUAGUGAUUUUGGAACUGUUCCAUAUACGGUUGUUAACAAAAAAGGGGGUGAUAUAGAACUUGAAAACAGCGAAAAUGGGGAAAGACUUAGGCGAAAUGUGGUUCAUUUAAAAAGAGUAGAAGGAGAGUGGCAAGUAUGUAAAAGUCCAAACACUAAAAAUAUCGAGUAA